CGUUUUUAAUAUCUUCAUCUACAGAAACUGUUUUGCAUUUUGAUCUCAAGAGCCAACAUCGUAUUUGAAAGCAUUUAACAAACAGCGUUUGUUCAGGUCUCGAAGAAGUCUCACGAUCCUAUCUUCCUCCAAGUCAUUCUGUGCCGAGCCCUCUGACGCUUUGUUGAAAGACAUAUAAGAUGGGUAACCUGCUCUGCUGCUGCGUUCAAGUUGACCAGUCCACAGUAGCUAUUAAGGAAAGAUUUGGUAAGUUUCAAGAAGUAAUGGAACCAGGGUGCCACUGUCUUCCUUGGUUUCUCGGAAGUCAGCUCGCUGGCCAUCUCUCACUCCGAUUGCAGCAGUUGGAUGUGAAAUGUGAAACCAAGACCAAGGACAAUGUUUUUGUCAAUGUUGUUGCAUCUGUGCAAUACCGAGCCCUUGCAGGCAAAGCAAGUGAUGCCUUUUACAAGCUCACCAACACAAGGAGUCAGAUCCAGGCCUACGUGUUUGAUGUGAUCAGAGCUAGUGUUCCAAAGCUAAACUUGGAUGAUGCUUUUGAACAGAAGAAUGAAAUUGCCAAAGCUGUUGAAGAUGAACUUGAAAAGGCUAUGUCUGCCUAUGGAUAUGAGAUUGUGCAAACUCUGAUCGUUGACAUUGAACCGGAUGAACGUGUUAAGCGAGCUAUGAAUGAAAUUAAUGCUGCUGCAAGACUGAGGGUUGCAGCAAACGAGAAGGCUGAAGCGGAGAAAAUUCUGCAAAUCAAGAAAGCUGAAGGCGAGGCUGAGUCCAAGUACCUUGCUGGUCUGGGUAUUGCUCGCCAGCGUCAGGCCAUUGUGGAUGGUUUAAGAGAUAGUGUGCUUGGCUUCUCAGAGAAAGCGGGAACAACCGCAAAAGAUGUCAUGGACAUGGUUCUUGUGACGCAAUACUUUGACACCAUGAAGGAAAUCGGUGCAUCAUCAAAAUCUUCUGCCGUGUUCAUUCCCCAUGGUCCUGGGGCAAUCCGUGAUGUGACCACCCAGAUCCGUGAUGGUCUUCUUCAAGCGCCAACACACCAGUAAAUGUGCUAGUAUAAGUCUGGUAUGGCCUCUAAAUAAUUGAGAUAUGAACUAUUCUGUCUUAGCUAAUGUAGAUAUUUGCUUCAAAGUGCUAGAAACUACAAGGUUUUUAGGGUGAUUUAUGCUUUCAUAUUCGGUUCUCAUAUCAGACGAUUUAGUAAUGUAAAUAUGCAUCUUGAUGAAUGAUCUACUUAAGAAGUUAGUUCUUCAAUUUCC